CCCGGAGGCCCCGCCCCCGCCCCCGCCGGCCGCCCGCGCUCGAUUGCUCUUGUCUGGCGGCUGCAGCAUGGCGGCGGGGGCGGCCGAGGCGGCGGCGGCUGUGGUGGAGGUCGGUUCAACCCGGCAGUUUGAGGAGCUGCUGCGCCUCACAGCCAAGUCCCUCCUCGUGGUCCAUUUUUGGGCGCCAUGGGCUCCGCAGUGUGCCCAGAUGAACGACGUGAUGGCAGAGUUGGCCAAAGAGCACCCUCAAGUUUCAUUUGUGAAGUUGGAAGCUGAAGCCGUUCCUGAAGUAUCUGAAAAAUAUGAAAUUAGUUCUGUUCCCACCUUUCUGUUUUUCAAGAAUUCUCAGAAAAUUGACCGAUUAGAUGGUGCACACGCCCCAGAGUUGACCAAAAAAGUUCAGCGACACGCAUCUAGCGGCUCCUUCCCACCCAGCGGUAAUGAGCAUCCUAAAGAAGACCUCAACCUGCGCCUGAAGAAACUAACUCAUGCUGCCCCUUGCAUGUUGUUUAUGAAGGGGACUCCUCAGGAGCCCCGCUGUGGUUUCAGCAAGCAGAUGGUGGAAAUCCUUCACAAACACAAUAUUCAGUUUAGCAGUUUUGACAUCUUCUCAGAUGAAGAAGUUCGUCAGGGCCUCAAAACCUACUCCAACUGGCCUACCUAUCCCCAGCUCUAUGUGUCUGGGGAGCUCAUAGGAGGACUUGACAUAAUCAAGGAGCUGGAAGCAUCUGACGAACUAGAUACAAUUUGCCCCAAAGCUCCCAAAUUAGAAGAAAGGCUCAAAGUACUGACAAAUAAAGCUUCUGUGAUGCUCUUUAUGAAAGGAAACAAACAGGAAGCAAAAUGUGGAUUCAGCAAACAGAUUCUGGAGAUACUAAAUAGUACCGGUGUUGAAUAUGAGACAUUUGACAUAUUGGAGGAUGAAGAAGUUCGGCAGGGGUUAAAAACUUUCUCGAAUUGGCCCACGUAUCCUCAGCUGUAUGUGAAAGGGGAACUUGUUGGAGGUCUGGAUAUUGUUAAGGAACUGAAAGACAACGGUGAGCUGCUACCAGUACUGAAAGGAGAGAACUAGAGGCUUGUACGCUCAGCGCCCGACUGUUGCGGGAACCACUUGGUCACAACUCCGUGCUCAGAGGUGGGCGAGGGGCAGAGACUGCGCCUCACCCCGUUACGCUCUGUGUAUUUCACAAGCUUGUGCUAAAUACAUGUAUGUGUUGUUUUGUUUUUUCCACCAAACAGAAUGCAAUAAACAUCUUCAAAAUCCAAUUAAAAA